UUGUAAUUUAGAUCUCGUCAGCUACUGUAGUGGAUCUUAAUUAAAAGAACCUGCACGAUUAAUCGAAAUAAUGGCUCUGUCUAAAGAAAGUCAGAUAGAGGAAUGCAUGGACGACAUAAAAGGUGCUAAUUUGGAGUCGGCUGUUUCUCAAGACGAAUGGCUUGGGUUAGUGAAUGAAUACUUUGUGAACGAUGAUAAACUUUCAGAUGACGAUGACGACGUCAGUGAUGAUGAUGACAACGAUGAGCUGUUUGAAUUGUUGAAAUAUUCAAGUGAAAAUAACAUUAAUAAACAUAAAAAAUCGUGCAAUAAUCGUUUUGUAACUGAUCAUGGUUGCACUGAUUUUGAUGUCGUUGACGAUGCUAAUGACGUUGACAGCGAUGAUGAGGAUGAAGAUGAUGAUGAUUGUCCUGUGGUUGUUGAUGUGGUAAAGUCAGUACUAACCCGGUUCAAUGUGCACGAGUGUGUAAAAGUUUCUAAUUUCACCUGUAAUGAUCAAAACGCAAGCUGUAAAUUAGCGGGUGGUAAGCCCUGCUAUCUUGCCCUCGACAAAUCAAUGGUGCUGAGAAGUCGGUCUGACAUGCAGUCUUUGACAGCUGACGAUCGAGACAUGGUACUGAUGGGCCAAGUCAGUGUAACCAUGAGAAAUCUCAAAAUGACCAAGGAACCACAACAAAGAGCGGAAGAAGAUGAUCUAACGUUCUACAUGAUCGAAGGGACGACGGUCUGCACGGAAACAUUUAAAUUUGUUAAUAGCAUCAGUCAAAAGACGCUGUCUUCCAUUAUUUCUUACAUGAAGGAACAUGGGUUCGUUCCACGUCAUAAGAAAUCAGGAGGACGUCGGAAGGAAGCCAAAAAUUAGUCUCAACAUUUGAUGACGUCAGCUGGUUACAGGAGGACGUGCGUGCUUUUGAUUUCCCCCAAAGUCGUCCGCCAUGAUUAAGAACGGGUUUUGGAAAUCCUGGAAAGUCGUGGACUUUUCAAAUCCUAUUUUCCAGGCAUGG